AUGAAUAUUGAUCAAUUUCCACCAACGGUGAAGACUUGGGUCAAGGUCUCUCAAUCUUUUGAAAAGACAGACUCCAUAAUAUCGUUUCAUUGUAUUGUGAAAGCUAAAGCAAUAAUAGACCAAACUAUUAAAUCGGACGAAGAGAAACAGAACUAUUUAAAUGUCUUAGAUGUUUUUCAGAAAAAAGCCGAAGCAACGCCACAAUUUAUUGCUUUUAAAGAAACUGAAAAAAGCCCUGCCGAAUAUUUAUAUAAAAAAGCUGUAGCUCUUCUCCAAUCCACAGAUAAAACAUUAAAACAAACGGGACCAUCUCCCGAUCUUUCAAAAAUGUUUUUGGUCGUUUCAUGCCUCUUGGAAUUAUACGAAUUGUUUUUCCCCCUCAACGAAACGUCAAAGAAAAUGCAACUCUACGCUAAAGUCAAGGCAGCCGAAUGCGCCAAAACUCAACAAACCCCACAAACAGCUCAACUCGCACAAGCCGUUCCAAAUUUAGAGACAACUACUCAGAUUGUCGAAAACGAAAAGAAAAACCCAAUUCACUACAUCACUGAGGAAAAACCUAUCGACAAACCAGUCGCUGAACAAACCGAAGAAAAAUUCCCUUCCCAAUUCGUCCAACCAAUCAAAACUGUUCAAACACAACAAAAAGUGCCCGAACCCGUCACACUGCCCCGGGUCCAGGAAAACACACCAGAACAAGACAUCAGUAAGCUGUCUUUGUUCGAGAAACAAACACUCGCAGAAAAGUACGUACAAUCCGCGUUGUCAUCGCUUGACUUCCAGGACGCUACUACUGCCGUGAAGUAUAUGCGAGCUGCUCUUGAAAUGCUUGCUUAA